UUGAUGCUAGGGAAAGCAGUAGCCAUGGCUACAGGUUUUCCAGUAGAGAGACUGAAGGAAGAAGCAAAAUGUCCAAUCUGCCUGGAUUUCUUACAGGAUCCAGUCAGUGUGGAUUGCGGCCACAGUUUCUGCCUCCCGUGCAUCACCGAAUUCUGUGAGAAAUCAAACAGCUCUCAAGGGAGUGUCUACUCCUGCCCCCAGUGCCGGAGUCAGUUUUAUCAGAAGAGCUUCCGUCCCAAUAGACAGCUGGCCAGCAUGGUGGAGAGCAUCAAGCAGUUGGGCUUAAGCUCCAGUACAAAGAAAACCUGGUUGUGUGAGAUUCAUAAAGAAGAGUUGAACUACUUCUGUGAAGAAGACCAAAUUCCAUUGUGCUGGAUCUGUGACACCUCCCCAGAGCACAGAACUCACAAGACCAUUCCUCUCGAGGAAGCUACCAGAAGCUAUAAGGUAAAAGUCCAGUCAGCUUUAGAACAUGUGAAGAAGGAGAUGGAAGAAGUGUUGAACCAGGAAACCAAUGUGGGAAAGAAAAUCGUCAUUUGGAAGGAAAAGGUGGAGCUAUGGAAACAGCGAUUCAUGUUGGAGUUUCAGAAACAGCAUGGAUUUCUGGCUCAGGAGGAGCAGAAACAGCUGCGGAGACUAGAAGAGGAGGAGAGAGUGAUCAUACAAAAAUUGAAGGACAGCAAGGCCAAACUGGUUCAGCAGAGUCGAACCCUGAGGGAUUUAACUUUGGAGUUAGAGGAAUGUAGUCAGUGCAUAGCUUGGGACCUACAGGAGCAUGUUAAAGACGUCUUGAGAAGGAGUGAGAAUAUAAAAUUCCAGGAGCCAGAACUCAUUUCCAUAGACCUGAAGACUAUGUGUUGUGUCCCUGGAAUGAUGAUGAUGCUCAAGAUGUUCCAAGUUAAUGUGAGGUUGGAUCCUGCCACAGCUCACCCCAGCCUUCACAUGACUGAGGAUCAACAAAGCAUUUGGGAUGGAGAUGUAUGGCAGGAAGUUCCCAACAAUUCGGAACGAUUUGACACAUGGCCUUGUGUCCUGGGCAUGGAGAGUUUCACCUCAGGAAAACAUUACUGGGUAGUGACUAUGGGAGAUAAGACAGAGUGGGGGUUGGGUGUUUGCCUGGAAACAGCUCCACGAAAGGGAGAGGCUACACCAUCACCUGAAAAUGGAAUCUGGGCACUGUGGCUGCUGGAAGGGAAGGAUUACAUGGUUCUUGCAUCCCCAUCAGUUCCAAUCCUCCAAGAGAAACGGCCAGAAGGAAUUGGAGUUUUCUUAGACUGUGAAGCUGGAGAAGUGUCCUUUUACAACAUCACAGAAGAAAACCACAUCUAUACAUUCACCCAGGUGUUAUCAGGGAUCAUCAGGCCUUAUUUCUUCAUUUGUGACUCAGCUCCUUUGACCCUAAAGCCAGUGAUAGAAAGGAGGAAUUAGGUUCUUUUCCUGCAGUAGUCUUUUUCUAUAUAUUCUGCCUUCAAGAAUGCCACCUAAGGGGCAGCUAGAUGGCGUAGUGGUUAAAGCACCGGCCCUGGAUUCAGGAGUACCUGAGUUCAAAUCCGGCCUCAGACACUUGACACUUACUAGCUGUGUGACCCUGGGCAAGUCACUUAACCCCCAUUGCCUGCAAAAAAUAAAAUAAAAAAUAAUAAGAAUGCCACCUAAAACAUAAUAGAGAAAAACUCUACUCUCCCAAGGUUUUCUUUGCGGCAAUGGAAGAAGAAAAUUAGGUUCUAGUGUUAAGGAGACUUUGUGAAGUCACAGGACCUCUCCCCUCAUGAGAAAGAUCACCUAAGAUAUAUGUGUAUAUAUAUAUAUAUGUACAUAUAUGUACAUAAUAUGUGAGUAUAUGUAUAUAUUUAUACACAUAUACAUAUCAAUCUAUCUCUGUAUGUGUCUGUGUAUACAUAUACACAUAUAAAUACAUUGUCAAAAGACUGCUUAAGAAGAAAAUAUAAAAUAUGGCAUAGCAUAAACAACUUGCAUGGAAAACUUGAGUCAUUAGACUACCUGAAAGCCAUGGCCAAAAAAAGAGCCUAAACAUCACAUUUCAAGAAAUCUUAAAAAAAAAAUUGCCCCCCCCCAAAUUUAAAACCAAAAGGCAAAGUGGAAAUAAAGAACCUCUCAAAAAUAAAACCUAAGUUUUAAACUCUCAGGAACAUAGCCAAAAUCCAGAAUUUCCCAAAGAAAAAUACUACGAUUAGCUUGAAAGAAAGAAUUCAAAUACAAUGAGAAUUAAACACAUUUUACUAGCCACCACCAGGAGGGAGCAAAGAGUUUGGAAUCCAAUAUUACAGAAAGCAAAGGAUAAAUUUUUGUCUGUCAUCCUUUUGUAUCUGUACAUGGUUAUAAAACAUUACCUCUUUUUAAAAUAGUUAUGAUUUAUAUUUUCGAAUCUUCUAGCUAUAAAUGUGCAACUGAAUAUUUAAGAAUUAUUUUCUGACAUUGCCAAAAGACUCUUUUGAUAGCUCUGUCUUGAUAGCCCCAACUAAUUCCUGGUGUUUCACUUAAGUUCAUCACAGAACAGUUUAUAUUGAUAGGAUUAUAGAUAUAGACUAGCUAAAGGGACUAAAAAGGCUGUCUACUCUAAACCCCACCUUGUAUAGAUGAGGAAACUGGCCUAGGGAGUUUAAGCAACUUGCUCAAGAUCAUACAUUAGAAGUAUUAGAAGUAUGAUUUAAAUGCAGGUAGAGCAAAAACUAUUUCUACUGUAUGAUUUCUUCAAAUUAUUCCUGGAACAAAGGGCAGAGGGAAUCUAGAUUGAAUAUGGAUUCACUAACCAACACAAAUCUUACAUUGACACAGGUCCCAGCCAUCACUCUCACCAUAGCAUUCUUUCUCUUAAACCUCACAUCAUCUUUCAUUUCCCUCUCCUUAUUCCUUUGCAUGUUUCUGUUCUACCUUUCUCUCUCCUUUUCACUAUCUUCUCUCCAUUUCUUCCCGUCUUUAUUACUGUUGCUGACUGCUUUCCCCAUAUAUUCAGUUUUUCUUUAUUAAGAACUCAAAAAAACUAAAUACAUACCCUUCUCUUUGUAGUUUUAUGCAUUCUUCCAAAUUUAUGGGGUUUUAAGAAAUUAUUAAAUUCAUCUUCCUAUUUCUGAGCAAAUUUGGAGAUGAUGUUCAUGAAAGACAUUGAAAGCCGUAAAGUGAUAUCCAAAUAAUGAUUAUAAUUAUUUUGAUUAUUCCUCUAUUUUAACCUCUAAUAUCUAUACUUUACCCAUAUAUUUUGAUUAUUUUAGUUAUCUAUUAACUUCUUCAAUUCUAUUCUACACAUUUCUUCUAUCAUUUGUUCUACAUUCUAAAUUGUUAAAGACUGGGAACUAUCUAAUCUUCCAUAUUCUCCAGUUAUAUUGUAGAUUAAUGUUACAACCUUAAACCUAGAAGGUCUUUAAGUCACAAGUCACAACUUACUUAUUUUGACCCCUUUGGACAAUUUGUUAACCUAUAUGAGGCUCAGCUUUCUUCUUUGCAAAAUGAGAAUUAUCUUUGUUCAACUAUCACAAAGGGGUAUUGUGUGGAUUAUUAUAUUUUCAUGUUUGCUAUGGGCACUCAAAAAACCCAGUAACUUAUUCAUUGACUGACACAAAUAUUAAACAAUUCCUAAAAUACAAAGAACAAUUCCAAAUUUCUCAUUCUUUGAAGUUUGGCUCAUUCUUCCUCUUGCUUAAUUAGAAUCAAUCCUGCUGGGGUACCAACCAUUUCCACUUCUCUUGUCACCAGGAUCUUUAAUAGAAUUUUUGUCAAAGAAUUCUUUCUAAUGCAGAUCUCUGUAAUUAUCUGCAAUCUUCCAAACUUUCAUUUUCAUAUUUUUUAUUUUUAUUUAUAGUUUUGAAUUCCAAUUUUUAUCUCUCCUUCCCUUCCUACCCUAACCCCUUCCCAAGGUGGUAAGCAAUCAA